UGAAAAAAAAAAUGACCGAGUGAGAAGGGAGGAAUAAUCACAUGAUAUGUUCCUAUGCACUCAAAAGAAGAAUACCAGUGGAAUAAAACGAAUAGUUAAAUUGAAAAGUCAGCGGGGAAUGAAAGAUCGCAGCGCGAUUGCCGGGUCCUGACAGUAUGGCUGUUUCUAGACUCCUCAAACCUUAACAGCCACUACUCUAGAGCGCUGCUUGCCCAUGGAGCUUAAGUACCUCCUUCGGUCGAAAGCUUGGAAAGAACUUUGCUUAGGAAUGCUGUUAGCAUCAUGAGAUGGUUUUGAAUCCCUUCCAGGUUUGAGCCCGAAGCCCAAGGGUGGUAGUACCCCCUGGUGGUUUAGAGAUAUUGUCUUCUGACACGCUUUCUAUUUUGUUUGCUUUGCCUUACUGACCGGACGGAAAGAGUACCUGCAGGUCAAAGUUUACAGUUUACAGUCCGUUAAAAAGAUGACUGAUUGCAGUAUGUGGGGGAAAAAAACUGCAUUAGAACUGGGGCACCAACUGUUUUAUUUUCUUUGUGUAGGCAUAUGACCUGAUCUUUCUGUCUCGUCCUGUCACGUCAUAAGGGUUCAUUAGUUGAGCGUAAGUGAGGACAUAAAUUAUAAGAGUUUCUACAGGAGGGGGAUAAAAAAAACCCCACAAAAUUAGCCGAAGGAGGGAAGGUUAUACACAUCACCAUUACUUCACUCAGCUAUGAGUGUAACUUUCACCAACUGUUCGGCAUGGUAGGGCUACUUGCCCAUAAACAACAAAGAUGGAAGACAGAGGGAGGGAGAAAGAGCACGCAACGUGGAACUUAGAAACAAGUGUUCAUCGCGCGCGAACCUCCCUAAGCUUUAUUUUUCAAAACAAACUGUGAGCAAUUAGCCCUCACCAGCUAUCAGCCUAUCAAAACAACACCGCCAGGCCGCUGCCAUGCUCGCCCGCCACCAGGAGAUCAGCGCGCCUCUCCUCCCUGUCAGGACGUCUGGUGACAGGGCCUAGCAGCAGCUUCCAGCUUCAGUCAAAUCCCUCACCGAUAGUUCCACAUGAUCGAAGAUGGGUUCUAUACAGGGCACAUCGAGAGGAAAGGGUUACGCCGUGAUAAGGGACACUGUAGAAACGGUAACUGAAUUUCCUCUCCUUCCCAAGACCCGUGAACCACCCAUUAUCCCCUCCCCCCCUACAACACACUUUUACUCUUCCAUCUUACUGAGAGUUUUGACAAAAAAAAAAGGGGGGGGGGAAGAUUCGGCUUUUUCCUCCGUCGUCACGGCGUUUUGGGGCUGAUGGUGCAACCAAUGGAACAGGAGGCUGGCGAUGGGAAGGCGUGUCCUGGUCUGGCAGCAGGCCCUCAGAGGCGGAGGAAACGGGACUGACGUGUGAAAAGGGUGUCGAGAAAGCUUAAGGGUUUGGUGGUAGGGGUGGGGAAGGAAGGGGUGUAAGGAGUGGGGAAGGCGGUGGCCAUCGUGAGCAGCCUGAUGAGAAGUCUCGCGGUGUUAGUAAUGUUGCAUCCUUCCACUUCCUGCGCCCCACCGAUCUGGAGAGAUCGGAGCCCAGUCGAGGCGUCCUCGGCACCCAUACGCCACAAUUUGGCUCCUGGAAAGCCAUUUUGGGGAACCUGCAGAACGUGUUCUGUGAACGCAGGUUUCUGUGUCAUAUGUACCCAGACACAACAACAUACAGGGACUGAGAACCUAGUACUUGCCAAUAACUGCGUCAUUGUUCGACUACUUGGUGGUUUACUGACACCAAACGGGUUCUUGCUGCACACACAAGACAUCGCCAGGAACUCUAAGAUCUUUGUUUAUAGUGUGAUUCGUGUCCGUGCAAUCCGAUGUAGCCACGCAGAUACAUUCAGCCUUAUAAUCUGAGGACGAAUUAGUGGAAGUCGACAAAACUUUAAAAAGAGGCAAAAGUGAAACAGUCAAUGACUUCAAUUGUUGUAAUUGAUACCUUGAAAAAGAAUCAAGUUUCAAAACCUCCUGAAACAGUGUUCGAUUAAGUUUUAUGCUCUACAUAAACAUGCUGGAAAGUAUACACGAUCGACGGUUCUGGGAAGAUUAGAGGAACACUUGCGAGGAGGAAGUUUUUACUAAAGAGAAAUCUUCAUCGAAUGCUGCCCGUGCUAGAAGUUAACAAAAAAUUAGUAAGUUACUUUGGGUGCGAGGAGUGUUAUGUCGCCUAAACUUAAAUUAUGACAAGUUAUAAAUGGAAACAAUCGAGCUACAGAUGCAGCCUUACCUGUACAAGAAAGAUCAGUUGAAACAUAUGGUUCAUUCUGAAACUUCACUGAUAUUUCUCAUAAGCACAAUUCUCGGUUUGUGUUAGGUUUUCUCAGAAAUUGCAAUAAAAUUUGUUCAGCUGGUGUUUAGUUCGAAGCAUAGAACCAGUGCAGUGUAGAAAAUAAAAGAGGCUUCAGUGCUUUCAAUGGACAACAAACGAUUUUGACAUCUCCAAAUUAGACAGCAAAACGGAUAUUGAAAGUGAAGUCAUGAGUGCCAGUCCUUCAGAAUACGGCAAAGCGGAGACACUUUUUGCGACUUAUCCUCCUCCCAACGGAGCUCAUCAUCACCUCCACCAUCUCCACCCCCAUGCACACUCCCACCCCCACGCUCUUCCCCCGCUGACCCCUCCAGACCUGUCAGCUGGUGCCACAGCCGCUGCUGCUGCAGCAGCAUCAAUGCGGAUGCUAGUGGACUCACCCCAUCAUCGACUAAACGGCUUCAACCAUCACUCCAUUGACGGCAUUUUGGGUACUCCACGGCGCCCUCAGGCCAUCUUCAAAGACAUUGACGAAUCCGUGGAACUCUGCAAACCUUUGUCGAUACCCAGCAGCAGUCUCGAGGCCAAAAUGUUUCUCAGCGACAGAAAAAUGACAGACGGAAGUCACAACCACAGUCACGGUGGCCACCACAACAGCGUCAACAACCCGGCUCUAGCCAGCAACACUCACACCAUCAUCGCUUCCCCCGAUGACGGCAACAACCGUAGGCUGGGACUGGGAGGAGGAGUCGAUAACCCAUCUUUGGGUGGAAACGGCUUGGGGGACAGAAGCAGCGGUGGACCGUUGAUGGGGGGAAGUGUGGGAGGAGACGGAAGAGGGGUGAUGGAGAGAGGUCAAACUAGAGUCCCCAGCAGGACUAGCGGAGGAGGGGGAGGCGGCAGAGGUGCAGGAGGAGACUCCAUCGUAGGCGGCGAGCAGGCUCGCAGUGGUAGUGCUAAGCAUCUUGCAGACAAGGACGCGGACAAAAGUGACGACAGCGAGUGUGGAGACGAGGUCAAUAAAGGCAGCUUGUCCAGCAAGAACAGGUGCGACGGCGCGGAUGAUGCAGGCACGGACGACGGCACGGAACCUAAACGAAAGAAAAGGAGAAAUCGGACGACCUUCACGAGCUUCCAGCUGGAGGAGAUGGAGCGGGUGUUUCAGAAGACUCACUAUCCGGAUGUCUACGCACGGGAGCAGCUCGCCUUACGGUGUAAUCUGACAGAGGCGCGGGUGCAGGUGUGGUUCCAGAACCGCCGCGCAAAGUGGCGUAAGCGAGAGCGCUUUGGCCAGUUGCAGACAAUGCGCGCCAUGGCAACGGCCGCCACGCACGGAGGUUACGACAUGCCCCUCGGCCCUCGACACGAGCCUUACAGUCCGCAGGGUUCUGAGUCGCCGAUGAUGUGGAUGGAGAUGUAUAAUCACUAUGGCUCUAACAUGUGGAACCCUGUCUCGGGGAUCAAAGGUUACCUGGCGAUGGAUGCAACCCAGUCGUUAGGACCCAAGUGGGCAGGAGGCGUUGCCCCCGUCUACCCUGGGUGGAGCGAUCCUCAACUGCUCUACGGGUCACCUCAGCAACCACCCGAAGUGCACGGAGGGUGUGGAGGACCUGUCCCUCAACGUGCGGACGUGCAGGCGGCACCGUACCCUCACAAUGCAUUUCAGCAGUGCUCUACCCCGGGUGGCCAUUAGGAACGCUGAUGGAACAUCUCUGAACUAUGUUAGGAUCAUGACAAGGACGAUGUCACAACCGCACUUUAGAUUUACCAGGCAAAAUGUCGCAAGGCCAGGCCUUGGGACAACAGGCUUUUAAGUUAUAUUACGCUCCUGGUGCAUCUCUCAAAUAUACUCAGACCUUGGUGUGACAGAAUUCAAGUCUUAACUACACGCGUGGUCGGUCAGUCGGCACCACUGUACAAAGCCCAGAGCAAUAUCAGUGCUCAGGAUUCAAUGUCAGCUGGUCAAAUUAAUCAGACUCAUCAUUGCCAUUCAAGCUUGCGAGCGUGCUGUCCGUGUCUACAAAGCACCAUGUAUACAUUCUGUAAGGUAGCACAAGGCCGUGUGGUGGUAGAAUUCUGCUCAAAUAACAUUUGUAGCGGCAUCUGCACAACCAUAGCAAUGAGGACUAGGUGCGAAACGGGUUCUUAGAAUAAAAGUGGUAUCAGGUUGUUUCCUCAAGAAUCACUUUGACUGAACCUAUUAAACAUUCUGGAAAAUCCCUAGAAAUGGCCGCUGAAUAAUAAAUAUCUCAGUUGUACCCGAGACACAGCAUUUACAAGGACGAUACCACCUCCAAAAAGAAAAAAAAAUGCGUCGAUUUUUUUUCCAUGAGCACAAUAUUGACCGUUGCACUGUUUAACAAGACAGAAAUCAGGAAAUUACUAACUCACAGAAAGGGUGUGUAGUUUACACAUCUCUGGUUUUGACACAAAAUCGCCCAGAAAUGUACAAAUGUGACAUUAACACAAAAAGGAUAAACGCUUUCAGAUCAGAGGUAAGAAGUAAGAUAUUAAAAAAGGAUUAAAAAAUAUACAGCCUUGCAUCUUCCAACAGCCUUAUCAUCUAACAGCAGCAACAGCAAAUCACAUGUCGUGGGAUCCCUGGAGCGAGAGAUACUUGGGGGAGUCACGUGGUCCUCUUGCUGUUUAUUUUGUGAUGUCGGUCAAGGGAGAGGGGCACCACUCACCUGCAGUUGCUCUUGGCGUCGUCCAGUGGACAGGGAAUCAAUCGCUUGUUUUGUAGGGUGACGUCACGAGAUUGUCACACAUUAACGGCUUAGAAAACCGAAACGACAAGAGAGUAUGAGGUCAGUCGUGCCGGAGGUGGGGCUAAAAGUCGAGCUGGACACCCGCCCUGCACAUUGCCUUCCUCUUUAGUCGACAAGCGACAUGAAAAUCUUUAGUGUGCGCGGAGUGCCUGAGAGCACACAAAAGAAAGUGGACUUAGGACAGACAAUAAAAGAGACACUGAGUACCUGUCGUCAUACACCGGUUCAACCUCUGAGCUACGAAAAACCCGUCUUGCACGUGCUUCAGGAGGUCAAAACCAAGGAAUCAUGACUGAGAAGGGAAUUGAGCAGUUACGCUGGCGAUUUUGUGUUGCCAGACAUUCUGGCUUCAGCUGUCACGGUUUGGCGCAGGGAUGCACUGGUAAAGGACCCAAAUCGAAAGUCUGUUUGGAAGUUUGAAAGAAUCUGACAGGCGGAGCAACAAAGGCGCUUUACGCCAAGAGGAUGUACGCCAGAGAUACGUCUGUUGAAUGUUACAUUUGUACAGACAUAAUUCAUCUUGUCACGGCACAAUUUAAAUCGCUGUGUGUGUGCGUGCGUGUGUGUGUGUGUGAUGUUUAAAAUGUGUCUCCCAGCUGUGUUGUGCUGUGGUGUGCCGUGCUCCGGUGUCGCUUACAACAUUAGACUUAUCUUCCUCAAUUCCAUACCCCACUUCUAUCGCACAACGUCCAGACCCAUUAAGCCCCUUUUAUUCCUAUAUUGCCAUCUCUUGAGGCAAGGCAGGAUGAUUUUUUAAGGGAUAAGAGUUACACAACUCUCACUGCUACACUUCUGUUUGCGAGAAUAAUCAGAAGGUCCGAGUCCUUUAGUACUUGUGUCACGUUAACCUCACAUUAAGUUUCAGACAAAAUACUGUCUUUGAGGAUAAUGAUCGCAUAGCCACCGAAAUUAAGCAAAGGUAUGGCAGUGCAAUGAAAGUGAUGAAAUGAUAAUUUUGAUAAUUGGAAACGCACAACAUUCCUCAAAGUGCGGUGAGUGUGGUCCAGACAGCAGGCUGUGACGAUGUCCCAUCUGUCUAAGGCGUUUCCCAAGUUGCGCGAACGCUCGCGCCGCCAUCCCCACUCUGUGCGUUCAACUAGCAAAACGUUUUCAGAAACAAUGAUUUCUUCUGGUGAAAUGAGAUGAAUUAAUUGUUGAAGUUUUGCGCCUAGCAUAUAGGACUGCAUCACAGCGACUGAAAACACAAAGACUUUGGGUCACACGAAAAUGUGAUCGCGUUGUUUGGUUCAGCACAAAUGAUGCAAAUGGCAUUGAUCACGAGGUUAGCAAGGUCAGCCUAAGUUCUAAGUAAUGAUUAAAUGCAUCGUGCCUACUGCAGUCUUACCUUUGGGUGCUAAAAUUAUUUUGAUAAUAUACUUUUAACGUGUUCGCCAAGGUUCGCAUUCAUGGUCAUCGGCAAUUCACCCGUGAGGGAAACUUGGGUAGGACAUUGGCUGAUUAACUCGAUGUUUUAUGAGCCAGCGAGAGGGCAAAGUUAUCUAACCGACCAGUACAGCAGGAAUUCUCACUGCCAUUGCACAUGCAUGGAUGAUUUAGACUCUAAACGAGGAUGAGGCGAGAACCUAACCACUAAAACGAGGAACAUUUUUUUUUUAAAGAAAAAGCAAACAAGAAGUUAUGGGAAGUCGAAUUUAAUCAUUCUGACAAAAUUAUUUUCUGCGAGCGAGUAUAUGAUGACAAAGUAAUUUUUUCAUUCCCAAACAAAAUGACCAGCAAAAAUAUUAACAAAAAAA